UCGUGACCUCCAAUGUGCACGCGAGAUUUGGCGUUGCCAAGGUACACGAACUGAAAGAUUAGUACCACUUCUGUCAGACAAAUAUAUUUAUUUGAUAAGUUAAAGGCCUGGGAUAAACAUGGCAUCAAACACUUUAUCUUCACGGAAUCCCUAUCCAUUUCCUAAAGUGCAAAAUGAUGCAGACUUUUACGGUCCCACAUUUUCAGAGAAAGAACCCUACAAACAAGCAACCCAUCUAGCACAAAAUGAAGAUCCAUGGAAUAGAUUGAAUUCAAAAUGCACUCUUAGUUCAUCAAGAAGAGAAGUGUUCCAUUUUGACCCUCAAGCACCAAAAGACAGUUUAGAUUUUAUACUAAAAUCGGAAUAUGAUCAUCAUGAUGAAUUUCUGAGAGCUAAAAAUGAAACAUUGUAUCAACCUGAAAGUAAAGGUUCAGAGCAUGGGAGAGUGUUAAAAAACAGAGAAAUAGAAAUUGUUCCUGUCAAACCAUAUCUAUGCCACCCUCUUCAUAUAACUGACCAGAAAAAGAAGGAUAGCAUUCAUACUAUUGAAAAUGCUAUAGAUGGGCACCACACACAGACAACAAACAAAGGGUAUUCUCGUAAACCGGAUGGUGGAUUUUUCACAACCUAGGAUUAUCUCCCCUUUUAAACUAAAAUUAUUUAUUACAUGUCACUAACUGAUAAUAUACAUUUCAAAGUGAAAAUGUUAUAAACCUAUGAAAUGGAGAAAUGUAUUAAAAUAAUUUUGAACUUAACUUAAUUUUGGUAAAAUGUAUGUAAGCUGAUGUUGAUUUUGUAUAAUCUAUAGCAGUUGUAUUUAUUUACAAUACUAGUAAAGGCUAGGCUAGUUUCUAUUGGUCAGAUCAAUAUUUAUGUUUUAAUACUCAUUCUUACUAUAAACCUUUCGCUAAUUUCUAAAGAACAUGCAUGCUAAAUACUAAACUAUAUGCUUAAAGUGCCAACAACUAUGCUUGACCUAUGCUUUCAUCUACAUUCCACUAACACUUUAGUCUAUUACCAUGUUUUAACAUUUACACUUCUCGUAUCUGCUCAUUCUGGUUAAGUGGCUUCAAUUCCUUUUGUGGUUGGUGGAAGUAUUUUUUAUAGCCAUUUUAGAUUGAUUUCAAUCUUAAUUUUCACCAUUUGCAUGAUGUUGGAUUUUAACAGUAUAACAAACAGUAUUUAUUACUUAGCUUUAAUGAUAUAAUCAGUAUUUAUUAAUGUAAUCAGCAUUUGAUUAUUAUAAAAUUUGUAAAGAAAAGUUGUGACAGUUCUAUUUUCUCAAUCCCCAUUCACAUGGUUGAGGUGUAUAAGUCUUAUACAUAGACUGCAGGACUUAAUUGAUUUGAGCUUGAGCUCAUGGAUAAUCUAUAGCCGUAUAUAUUUUUGAAAUAUUUUCUAACAUUGAAGAAGUUUUCUUUAGUUUAGUUUUGAGAUAGUAUGUUUUUCUAUGUAAUGUCACAUUUUAGAUCUAAAAGAGUUGGAUCAACAAAACUUUCUCUGCUUGAAAUUUUAACUUCUAGAUAAUGUCACCUUAUCAUUGUUUUCACCUGGGUGACUGGGUUAAAGUGUGGUCCAAUUUUUAAAGUGAAAUUGUUAAAAUCAUUCAAUUAAACUAUUUGCUUAUAUCCCAUAUGUGAAAGACUAUAGACAGAUGGAUAAAAAACGUUGAAACAAAAGUUUAUGUUAUCUCAGAACUCUUCUAUUUCUGCAUGUUUUUACAGACUGUAAAGACAUUUUGUGCCGUUAUUACUUAUUAGAUAGUAUUUGCUACUAACUUUUUCCCUCUUUUUCUCCUCUAACUUGCAUCCUAUAGAAAGCUCCCACAGUGAUGGAACUAAUGGUGGUUAUUCAAGGAAACAUGACGGAGGAUUCUACUGUACAUAGGAGGAUUCUUCUGUACAUAGGAUGAUUUUACUGUACAUAACUUACUAACACAGAGACCAGCAUAGAACUGAGAACAAAUAACCAGCCAUCUUGUUUUAUUAUAUCUUUUACAUGUACCUCUCUGUAUUUAUGAUGCAAUGCUUUUAUAAUAUUUAAAAUAAUUAUGCAAAUUAACUGUAUAAAUGUGUGAUGUAGCUCUCAGUAUUAAUUAUUCAGCAUUUAAAUUUUUAUUCCAGUUUUAGAUGUGACAUCAAUUUACAUGAAAUAUUAUUUUUGAAAAUAGUUUAUACAGGACAAAAUUGAAUAGGUAUAUAAAAAAGUUAGUUUUUUUCAAAUUUUCUAGCUUUUUUUAUAUAGAAGUGCAGGGAUUUCUUGUUAUUUCAACCAUAGAUACAUAUUAAUUGAAUUUUUACAUAGUUUUUUUGGUAAACUUAAAACCAGACAUUCUGUCAAAAACUGUGAUAUUUUAAGAGGUUGAUCAAAUUGAUUUUUGUUAUGUUUCUUUAUGUCAUUACAAUCAAAAACAAAAAUCAUUUGAUACCACUUCAUAUGCUUAAUCUUGAUAACUUAUGGAUGUAUGUAUCCUCAUAUUUUACUAUUUUUUGUAGACUUUAAAUGUAUACAAGAUGAUUGUGAUGAUAUGCAUUGAUUUGUGAUAUUUUAUAGUUAUUAUUAAAUUUACAAUUUAGUAA